AAUGAAAAAUUUGGUUGCUAAAAUGUAAAGAACAAAAUGAUGAUGAUAGAAUUGUAAAAAACAUGUAGUUAAAGUAACCGUAAAUCUUUUUAACCGGAACCUUUAUCAUAUUAUUUUUGGUAGUAUAUACUUGUUUUUUUCUUCUUAGCUAGCUUAGGACACAACUCACUUACUGUCUCAACUUCAAAAAUGAUGUCUGAAGAUGGAUUUUCUAUCCCUUCUUCAAUCUUAGGGUUUGUUCAAGAGCCAGCAGCAAACCCUAACCCUUACCCUAACCCUAACCCUACUUCAAAUCCAGUGAUGAAGAGGAAGAGAAAUUUACCUGGAACACCAGAUCCAGAUGCAGAAGUUAUAGCUUUAUCACCAAAAUCUUUAAUGGCAACAAACAGAUUCCUUUGUGAAAUCUGCAACAAGGGUUUUCAAAGAGACCAAAACCUUCAACUUCACAGAAGAGGACACAAUCUUCCAUGGAAAUUGAAGCAAAGAUCAACUAAAGAAGUUAGAAGAAAAGUUUAUAUCUGCCCUGAAAAAAGCUGUGUUCAUCAUGAUCCAUCAAGAGCUUUAGGUGACUUAACAGGAGUCAAAAAACAUUUUAGCAGAAAACAUGGAGAAAAGAAAUGGAAAUGUGAGAAAUGUUCGAAGAAAUAUGCAGUUCAAUCAGAUUGGAAAGCUCAUAGUAAGAUCUGUGGCACUAGAGAGUAUAGAUGUGACUGUGGCACUCUCUUCUCCAGGAAGGACAGCUUUAUUACACACAGAGCUUUUUGUGAUGCUUUAGCAGAAGAAAGUGGAAGAUUUGCUCCAGUUUCAGCUGCCAUUAAUACAAACUUCGGAAAUGAUCCCACCAAUAAUCAAUUUUCUUCUGUGUUUAGACCAGAGUUUGCUUCUAAUACUUCCGGGUCUGAGCUAGUAGGGCAUAAGCCAAGAUUGCCAAUAUGGUUAGAUCCUAGUGGUACUAAUAAUGGUUUACUGCCUCAUGAAUUGGUUCAAACUUAUGACUUGAAUAUGUUUGGUUCUGGUUCGGGUUCUGGUUCUUCACAAGUUCAGUGGCUAAAUAAUAAGUACCAGGACGGAGUUUUUACAGGCUCACUGCCGAUGACAUCACUGAAGGAAGAAGAAGCUUUAGCUGAAUCCGUAAAGACUUCUUUGUAUUCAAGUAAUAGUAAUAACCCUCAACGGCAACAAUUACAAAGAAACUCGUCAUCAUUGUCAUCAUCAUCGGCUCACAUGUCGGCUACUGCACUCUUGCAGAAAGCUGCUCAAAUGGGAUCUACAAGAAGUAAUAACCAGACCAACAGUUUUUCUCCUGCAACUUUUUUCAUGAAAGAAUCGGCAUUAUUCAGUGAUUCAAAUUCGAGCUCCAUUUUGAAUUCAAGCUCGAGUUUAACCAGAGAUUUUCUUGGAGUAGGAGCUGCGGGUGAAGCAGCAAGCAGAGCGCCAUUUUUGCAACAAGAGCUCGUAAAGUUGGCAUCAUUGGGUUCAGCUAGCCAUGGAUUUGAGCCAAUGUAGUACUUUAAAUACUGGGCAUCAUUCACAGUUUUACUAUAACCAGAAACGAGUUUCUGAAGCAACUGAGUCAACUCGGAGAAUCGAUAUAUAAAAAAAUUUGUGAGUUAGUGAAUGGUCACUGGGGUCAUUGCUGAAGAGACAUAACAGAAAGAGACAGACAUGGAAGCCAAGUGGAAGAGACGAGGGUGUUGUGUUGGGACCCUCCAUGCAUGCAUGUAAUUUUUGCAGCUUCCUUUUUUUACUGUUUAACUUUUCAAAAAGAAAAAGAAAAAUUUGAAAUCUUUUUUUUUUCUUUUCUAGAUA